GAAAAAUCCGUAUGAUUCGUGACGUAAUCUCUUCCUCAUAACCUCCAUCUUUCAGAACCGCAUGCCUGUGUGGACAUUUGACCAGGUGAAAACAUGAAUCAAGAAAAACUAGCAAAACUUCAAGCCCAAGUGCGGAUAGGAGGAAAGGGAUCUGCGCGCAGGAAGAAGAAGGUGGUUCACAGAACGGCAACAGCUGACGACAAAAAGCUUCAGAGUUCACUGAAGAAGUUGGCUGUCAACAAUAUUGCUGGAAUUGAAGAGGUGAACAUGAUCAAGGAUGACGGGACAGUGAUCCACUUCAACAACCCCAAAGUGCAGGCCUCUCUUUCCGCCAACACCUUCGCCAUCACGGGUCAUGCUGAGACGAAGCAGCUGACAGAGAUGCUCCCCGGCAUCCUCAGCCAGCUGGGAGCCGACAGCCUCAGCAGCCUGCGCAAACUGGCAGAACAGUUCCCCCGGCAAGCUCUCGACAGCAAGGCUCCAAAGGCAGAGGACAUCGAGGAAGAGGAUGAUGAUGUUCCAGAUCUGGUGGAGAACUUUGAUGAAGCGUCAAAGAACGAGGCGAACUGACGCACGUGAAGUUCCUGUGCACUCGGGCUGGACUGCAAUGAAGAACCCUACCCCUGUGUUUUUAAGUCUAUCCAGACAUAUCAGACACUACCCCAUGUUUCCCCAAAACCAGAGACUUUUCUAUUUUACGAUGGCCCACUGAUAGUCAGACUGGCUUGUGCACUUCUAAAAAAAAAUAAUACCCCCUUCUGGUUAAAUCCCUUCACAACACUGUCAGUCAUGGUCAGGAUUACAGUGGUCAUUAAAGUGAGUCUUAAGACUUUUUUGUUUAUGAAACAAAAUAAAAGUGAUUCACAUUUUGUA